GCUCUGCUAUCAGCAGGUACGGACACCACAAUCGUAACGCUGACAUGGACUUUAUCUUUACUCCUAAACAACUACCAAGCACUACAAAAGGCCCAAGAUGAGCUAGAUGUUCACGUUGGGAAGAACAGAUGCGUUCAAGAUUCAGAUAUCAAGAACUUGGUGUAUCUUCAAGCUGUUGUUAAAGAAGCAUUGCGUUUAUAUUCAGCUGCACCGCUCUCCGUACCACACGAGUCAAUGGAGGAUUGUACCAUUAGUGGCUAUGAUAUACCAAAAGGCACUCGCUUACUAGUGAACAUUUGGAAGAUUCAUAGCGAUCCAGAUUUAUGGCCAAAUCCUCACGAGUUUUUGCCAGAGAGGUUCUUGACGACACAUAAGGAUGUCGAUGUUAGAGGAACUCACUUUGAGUUGAUACCAUUUGGUAGCGGAAGAAGAAUGUGCCCUGGAAUUUCUUUCGCCCUUCAAGCUGUGCCUUUUGUAUUAGCUGGGUUGCUACAGGGGUUUGAACUUAAGAGGCCUUCGAAUGAACCAAUUGAUAUGAGUGAGAGCUUUGGAUUGACAAUCCUUAAAGCUUCUCCUCUCGAAAUUCUUCUUGCUCCUCGCUUGGCUCCCAACCUUUACGAAUGAAAAUGCUAAUGAAGUUUUGUGCCUCGUGCCAAUGGUGUAUACUCAGUUUGUACUAAUAUUGAAGUGAAAAUAAUAAGACGACUUCAAAAGUUAUACAUUUCAAUUUUCAAGUGUGAUUGUAGAACUUUUGACAUCAUCUUACAAAUGACAUUAAUUAUUUUUAGA